AUGGAACUUCUUUCAACAUCAACAUAUUUUCGUCGUAGAAGUGCAUAUUAUGAAAAACGGUCAUCACCAAUUUUAAAUAAAUCAAAAUCAAUCAUUGUUCGCACCCCGAGAACGCAUAAUUUUACUUACCGAACAGAAUUCUAUUUACAACAGAGAGAAACAGAAAAUCUCGAAAAAUCAUCAUCAUCAUCAGUAACAACGUGGAGAAAUUUAAAAUAUCAAAAGCAAAUAUUAGAUCACGAUCAAGCUGAAUUUGAUCGUGUUCUUUCAACAAUUGAUUCUAUUCAUAAAAUAUUCAAUCGUUCAUUAUUCGUACCUCAUAAUCAAGUUUAUUCGUCACUCUAUGGUAAUGACAAUAAAUCAGAUCGGUUAAUGAAAACAUUUUGUCAAUGUCAAAAUCAUUAUACGAACUAUGAAGUAUCAAUGAAAGAAAAUGAUGAUGAUACUAAAAUAGAAGCGAUCUCAAGUUUCGAUGGAAAUUUUCCAGAUACAGAUUUCGAUGAUAAUAUGGAAGAUGACGAAGAAAAAGAAAAUGAGAAGAAAAAAUCUUAUGAUAGUGGUUAUGGAAGUGUUAUACCAAUAAGAGAAUAUACACGUGAACCACUUCUCAAAGUCACUCAACCAUGGAUUAUAAAAUAG